AUGAUCGACACCGGGAGCUCAGCCGACGUGCUCUAUCUGGAUGCCUUCCUGAAGUUGGGGCUAACCAAAGAAUCCCUGAAGCCUAUCUGCUCGGUGCUCACGGGAUUCACCAGCGAUUCGGUCUCACCAUUGGGGACCGUUACCUUGCCCCUGACCUUAGGAGCGCCGCCCAGAACAAAGAUGGUGAUGUCCACCUUCUUGGUGGUAGAUCUUCCUACUGCUUACAAUGCCAUCCUUGGCCGCCCCACCCUCAACAAAAUCAGAGCUGUAGUCUCCACCUAUCAUCAGACGGUGAAGUUUCCUACCCACGCCAGGACAGGGGAAGUUUGGGGAAGCCCCCAAGAGUCUAGACGAUGCUACCUGACGGCGGUUUCGCUGUACAAAAGGGCGAAGACCAACCAACCUCUAGAGGACCCGAGAGAAAAGAAUUGGUCGACACCACAUCCGGAGCCAACGGUGCCCACUUGCAACGUACCGUUGAUGGAGGAUCGCCCGGAUUGGAUGGUCCAGGUCGGGUCGGAACUCCCCGAGCAAGAACGAGAGUAG